AUGUGUCGGCGGCUUGUUGAAGCCAUACCAAACAUUAGGGCAAUAUGGACGUCAACAGAUGAAGGCAAGUUCAAGCAACUUUUUGUUUCUUAUGGUUGCUCCAUUGCAGCAUUCCGAUCAGGUAAUCUAAGGCCAAUUUUGAAAUUGGAUGCAUGUUUUUUGACCAGAUACUAUCGGGGCCACGUUCUAUCGGCUAGUGCACAUGAUGCAGACGAUGGGUUAUACCCUCUAGCAUAUGCCAUUGUGUCUAGUGAGAAUGAUGAAGACUGGUUAUGGUUCUUGGUUAAUCUUAAGGAAGUUCUUGGAGGAUGUCAAGUCGUCUUAGUCACCGAUCGGAAUAUUUCUUUGCUCAAUUGUAUAAUUAAGGUGGUUAAUGAUCUUGCGUACGCAAGGACGGAAGACUCAUUCAAGUAUCAUUUAGCAAAGUUGUAUGGAAUUUCUCCUGAUCUAUCAAAAUGGGUGGAAGAUAACAAUCCAAAGCACUGGUCUAAUGCUUUUUUCCCUUACAAGAGAUGGGACAAGAUGUACACGAACCUUGCUGAAUGUUUCAAUUCUUGGAUAUUGCCAUUAAGGGAAUUGGACAUCAUACAAUUUAUGAUGGGACAUGUGUCGAAGACCAAUGAAUUGUUGCUCCAUAAGCAUACCGAGGUUAGGAAAUGGAAAUUGCCGGUUGGCAAAGAAAUUGAGAAGGAAACUAAGAAGUCUCAAGAAUAUGCUCGAAAAUUUACGCAUCGAAACUCUUCGCCUAUCGAGUUCAUUGUCGCAAAUGACACUAGAAAACUUUAUGCAGUCAAGCUGAUCCCUCGGCAUUGCAGUUGUCUUGCUUGGCAGAUGUCCGGAAUUCCUUGUGCUCAUGCUGCUCGUGCUAUUCAGAGCUCUGGUUUUUCCAUUUAUGACAUGGUGGAUCCUUUCCUCAAAAAGGAGAUGCAAAUGGCUAUAUAUGAUAAUACCAUGUCCCCAGUGCCAUUGCAUGACAUGCCUAGUCCAUCAUCAUUUUUGGCUGUGAAUGAGCUGAAUGAUAAUAACGUCAACAACGGUGUUUCUUCCGAUGUCGCGAACCAGGGCACAACCGUAGCACAUGCCAAUCCGCAAUACCGGGAUGAUAGGUGCAUUUUGCGGAUACUAAUAAAGGUGGCUGCAGAAAAGAAGGAAAAUUUGCAGCACUGGUUGACUGAUGAGAAGGCUAGAGAUCAGUUUGUUAUUCGUUCUAGUUCAGACACUGAAGUUUUGUGGAAUGAUGCAAGACAUUUGAAGCCUGAUCCUAUCUACAAACGCCAAUUGAGUUGCUAUCAUCCUAGUUUUGUCUUAUCAUCUUGA